CGUUAUUAUCUUGUUAUUGGAUAGCCCAUCAAUAUUACUCCGAGUCUGUAGGCUACACUCUUCUGGACUUCUAUCCAGGGUUGUGUUUUUGAUGUAACAACUAGGCAGAUACUUUGUAUCACAUUUUAACAAUUUACCAAAGAUACUAUGUUGUAAAGCUGUCCUGUAACUUCACUUUGCUCACCUGUGGAUCAUUUAAUGUAAUUGAAAUCAUAGACUAAGGCUUUAAAUAAAAAUAUGUGAUUCGCACACAGUAGAUAUUAUAGUGCUGUCAGAGAUCCUCAUCUAUCAACACACAUUCAAGAUUGGGCUGUUCAUCUAUUAAUUUGUGAAAAAGUCAAAGUAUUCCCUCUCUUGUUCUUUGUGGGCUCAGUCUGCCCAAGGUCGUACUCUGAUAUGAUCAAACAGGCUUGUACUGCACACCACCACAGUAGCAAUCAUUACAGCCAUGGCAGACUGUGCUCUGCCUGCACCCCGCAGUUUCUCUUUUAACCUUGAAAAAGCUCUGUCCUUGUGAGGCUACAGUACCUCAGCUUCUGCUCUGCAAACUGUUGGCUUAUGCUCUGCCACUUGCUCAGAUUUGGGAUCUCUGCGGUGCAUGCCAUCACUAAGCCCCAUGCUUUGAGCAUGGAUGCAUUCAUAAUAUUGUAAUUAAUGCCAUAAUCUGAAGGAAAAAUCAACAUAGCAAUAAAAAAAAUCUUAUUGUUUCUAAAAUGUGAUCUAGUCUCUUAACUUUGUUAAACCAAAUAAUGUGUUGGUAGCUUUUGUUGUUUCCCUGGCUAUUAUUUUGUAGUAUUUCUGAUUAACUACAACCAUUCCAGUCACUGUUAGUGAGAAUUAGUGGAUGAUUUAUUAGGCCACUGCUUAAAGCAGCCUUAUGGAACUCUGGUGUAAAACAAGCAAGCUGCCUUCCCAUGAAGCAUGCUACCUCACCAACACAGUUGGCGCUGAUAAAAGCGUGACCAUGUAGCCCGCUGUCAACAUUUGUUUAUACAUGCCAAGGAGGAAUUCUUUUGCUGUGGCAUUAGUGGAAGUCUGGAUUUGAUUCUUCCGGGGCUGCACCAGGGUGGCAGUGUGCAUGGACAUUUUGAGCAUGAGUGUGAACGACAAGCGGGGCUACCUGGUGGACCUUGGGGGCAGCUUCACUGAGGAUGCCCCCCGGCCCCCUGUCCCAGGUGAGGAGGGUGACCUGGUGUCGGGUGAUGGCCGCCAGUACAGCCACGGCUUCUAUGCCUCCAAGAGCGAGAGCCUGAGGAGUGAGGCCUCCACGGCCACACCCCGACGGCCUGACCUUGACCUGGGCUACGAGCCAGAGGGCAGUGCCUCACCCACACCCCCUUACCUGAAAUGGGCCGAGUCGCUGCACUCGCUCCUUGACGACCAGGAUGGCAUCCACCUGUUCAGGACGUUCCUCAAGCAGGAGGACUGCGCCGACAUGCUGGACUUCUGGUUUGCCUGCAGCGGCUUCCGCAAGCUGGAGGCCAGCGAUGGCAACGACGAGAAGAAGCUCAAGCUGGCCAAGGCUAUCUACCGCAAGUACAUCCUGGACAACAACGGAAUUGUGUCGCGGCAGAUCAAGCCGGCCACCAAGAGCUUCAUCAAGGACUGUGUGAUGAAGCUGCACAUUGACCCAGCCAUGUUUGACCAGGCCCAGACUGAGAUCCAGACCAUGAUGGAGGAGAACACCUACCCUCUGUUCCUCAAGUCGGACAUUUACUUGGAAUACACAAGGACAGGUGGCGAGAGCCCGAAGCUAUACAGUGACCAGAGCUCGGUCUCAGGGAACGGCAAAGUGCUGCCGGGCUACCUGCCCACCCUGAACGAGGAUGAGGAAUGGCGCUGCGACCAAGAGCUGGAUGAGCAGCCCGAGAGCGACCCCACGCCCAGCAGUCGGCUGACCGAGAAGCUGCUCUUGGACACGGCCCCACAGCGGGUGGCCAGCAGCAAGAGAUACCAGGACAGCCGGGAGUACAGGCCUAGUCAGUGGAGGGAGCCCGUCAACCCGUACUACGUGAACACGGGCUACGCUAUGGCCCCCGCCACCAGUGCCAACGACAGCGAGCAGCAGAGCAUGUCCAGUGACGCCGACACGCUUUCACUGACCGACAGCAGUGUAGAUGGAGUCCCACCCUACAGAUACCGUAAACAGCAUCGCCGGGAGAUGCACGAAAGUGCCAAAGCUAAUGGACGUGUGCCACUACCUCAUAUUCCUCGCACAAACCGGAUGCCAAAGGAUAUCCACGUGGACCCAGAGAAGUUCGCCGCUGAGCUCAUCAGCCGGCUGGAGGGCGUUCUGAGGGAGCGCGAGGCCCAGGAGAAGCUGGAGGAACGUCUCAAGAGGGUCCGGCAGGAGGAGGAAGGUGACGACGCUGACGUGUCGGCCGCCCCGUCCCUCUCGGGCCACCGCCUCCCGCCGGCCUCCUCCUCCUCGCUCCACCACAUGGCGCCGCACUCCCACUACGGCGCGCGCUACGCCGAGUGUGCCUACAACGGCCUGCCGCUGGCGCGCGACUCCCACGAGGAGAACCCCGAGAGCAUCCUGGACGAGCACGUGCAGCGCGUCAUGAAGACGCCCGGGUGUCAGUCGCCGGGCACCGGCCGCCACUCGCCCAAGUCGCGCUCGCCUGACGGCCUGCCUGCCACCGCCGCCGCCGCCUGCUUCGCCAAGGGCCCCGGAGCGACCCCCAUGCCCAUGGGCCUACCGGCGGGCAAGCACCCGCACCCUGCCCGUUUCGGACCCAAGGGGUUGGAGGCAGGCGGGCCGCCCAUGCACCUGUACCACAAGCACGGACCGGGGCCAGGGGCAGGGGUGGGCGGCAAGCCCAAAGAGCAGCUGGACACGCACGGAGGCUUCGCCUGGCAGGCUGAGCCGCACCACUACAGCAGCAAGAGCAGGAACUACGCAGACGGCAUGACUGCUGGGCCCGGGGGCAUGGAGCUCUCCGCACACGGCAGCAAAGGCAGCACGCUAGCCAAGCGUCCCUCGAAGAAGGCCGAGGACUCGUGGAACACGGACACGCCCCUGGGUUCCGAGGAGCUGGACCGGACCCGGAAGAUCCUGCAGUGGAUGAUGGAGGGUGAAAAAGAGGCUGGCCGCUACAAGAAGAGCCCCUAUGGGAGUGUCUCUGGAUCCAAGAAGAGCCACGAGACGUCGCGGCCAAGCUCGGUGGAGCGUCCGGGUGCCGUGCACCCGUGGGUGAGUGCGCAGCUCCGCAGCAACACUGUGCAGCCGUCGCACCCCUUCAUCCAGGACCCCACCAUGCCGCCCAACCCCGCGCCCAACCCCCUCACCCAGCUGGAGGAGGCGCGGCGCCGCCUGGAGGAGGAGAGGAAGAAGAGCACCACGCUGCAGAGCAAGCAGAGGUAUGUGCUGGAGGUGAUCCAGAGGGGGCGCGCCGCCGUCCGGCCCGCUCUCUUCCCCCCGCUCGGCGUGGUCCCGGCCGUCUCCGACACGGAGCUCUCUGAGCCCGAACACAAACCGGUGAAGAAGCAACCGUGCGACAACAUCACGGUGGCCUACUACUUCUGCGGAGAGCCCAUCCCCUACAGAACCUCAGUGAAAGGGAGGAUCGUCACACUGGGACAGUUCAAGGAGCUGCUGACCAAGAAAGGGAGUUACAGGUAUUACUUCAAGAAAGUGAGCGACGAGUUCGACUGCGGGGUGGUGUUUGAGGAGGUGCGAGAAGAUGACGCAAUCUUGCCCAUCUUCGAGGAAAAGAUCAUCGGGAAAGUGGAGAAGAUCGAUUGAGGCUGAGUCGAUGGUGUGAAGACGGCAAAAGAACGAGAGAGAGAAAGCGAGACUGUGAUGAGGAAAACCUGAAGCAUGAUGGUGGUUAUUGGAGUGCUGAAAUGGCUUCUGAGAUUGUCAGAGAGAGAGAGAGAGAAAGGGAAAAAUGGGCCGCAAGCAGGUGCAGAGUAAAUGGUAUGGGAAUGUGUUUUUCAGCAGAGGGCUAGAGGCUGAGGUUGCACGCAUUAGACUGAAGGAUUCUCCCCGAGGGUCACGCUGGAACCCCAUGCUAAUGGCACCAGGGGCUUCCACCUUUGCACACGGACUGUUGGAUUACUCCCCCAGCUGCUAGUGGACUCAGUCCAGCUGUUAGUGCUCUGUGCAUGGGAUGGAAAGCGACAAACAAGAGACUGGAAGAAUGAACUGAUAGAGAAUGAAGCAGAAGAAGAAAGAGGAAUCAUACUCUUACCUUGUUUUGGUAUAUUUCUAACUGAAAUGUAAUGUAGCAUUGCGAAAGACAAAAGUUUGACUAGGACAAAAACAAAAUUACUAUGAAUCUGUUUACUAAAGCUGCAUAUUUUUGAUAUGAUGUUAUCAAACGGAAGGUAUCCUUUCUAAUGUAACAACUUGUAAUUUUUUUUAUAUGUACCUGGUACCAGAUGUGUACAGAUUGUUUGUUUUAAACAAGAGAGUUAAAAAGUUUUAUAUCUAUUUAAAUAUUUAAAAGACAAAGCUAUUUGGUUGAGAUCUUAUCGAAGCUGUGGCGCAGUAUCUGAGGUUGUUCUCAGGGCCUAAAUCUCUGGAGCCUGUGUGGGAACCUAGACACCAUAGCCCCCAUGUAUUACCAAGUGCUUUUAACCCCCCCCCCCCCCCCCCCAUGAUUCUGCUAUUUAAUCGCCCGUAGUCCGCUGGCAUUAGUCCUCUCUGCACUUCUUAUUGCAUUAAAAAAGACAAAAAGGAAAGUCGCCUUGAGACUCCCUAACCCCAUGAGUAUGCCUUCUGUAGCUAUUGGAACCAAUACUGAUUACUGAAACAAAGUUUUUGGACAGCGAGAUACACAGUGUGUUGUGUACUAGCGAGAUACACAGUGUGUUGUGUACUAGCGAGAUACACAGUGUGUUGUGUACUAGCGAGAUACACAGUGUGUUGUGUACUAGCGAGAUACACAGUGUGUUGUGUACUAGCGAGAUACACAGUGUGUUGUGUACUAGCGAGAUACACAGUGUGUUGUGUAGUCGAGGCCUGUCCCAAAUUGUAGUAGUGGUGCAGCAGCCCACAGACAUGUCGGGAGCUGCAUGUGAAAGACACCCCUGUGCUUUGAAAAAGGCCAGUUCCGGCCUUAUUAAUUCUCCUUCCAAACUACUUUGAACCCCCUGUUCUGCUCCCCAAGUGAAACACAAACACAGACGUCGACUGGAAGAAUGGCUUCAUUCAACAGCAGGUGGUAAAUGUCAGCCAGUGAGCGCACCAACUUGUAGGAACUUUAAACAGAGCUAUCAGCAUUUACUCAACUCCAGGGCUCCUGUGAGCCAUCUUAAGUGCUUGUGUAUUUUCACACUUCAGUGUGUGAAGAUGAGCGGCUUGUUGAAGUAUCAGCAUUUGUGAAGGGAUGGCGCUUUUUUUGUAUGUGUGUUGUGUGCGGGAGGCUUGUAAUCGUUGUGUUGUUGCGUGCACACAUCUUAGAGGGUGUGUGUGAGAUCCUAGGGUCCAGUGACAGAGUGCCAUUGGAUGAUUCAGUUAUCAUGUUUACACUUACCUUAAUGUAUUACGAUAAAAAUAACUAAAUGAUGAAUUGUAGCCUUUUAGCUUAAUAUGGCUAAAUUUGGUGCCUGGUUGGAAUGCAUUGUUAUACAAAAAAGUAAUUUUAGCAUAAAGAUUUUCUACAGAUCACAAACACCAAAGAGAACAGGGGUUUAAUACUUUUCACCCAUUUUGUUAUUUUUUGUUUUGCUUUACUUAAAUAAUUUGAGUGAUCCAAACCCAGUUAUAUUUUUACAAUCUUGCACAUUGUUAUUUGGUAAUAUUUUGUAGGAAGAUAGUACAAGAUGGUGCAAGACUGAGUGAGGUAGCCAUUGUGGUAGUAGUGUUUACAGAGAGGAACAGCUAGGAAGAAUAACACAAGGUUGCUAUAACAUGGGCUUCGACACACUGAAGGCACUAUAUAGAGAAGUUUUGCUUUUCUGAAAAGACGUAGCUUAAAUUAAUUUGAAGAUCACUGAGCUCCACGCUAUCAAAAAUCUUUUGAUAAGGAUUUCCUUACAAGUCUCCAUGUGCUGAAUACAACAUUUGAGGGGAAGGACACCGACAUAUCUCUUAUUUGCGUUAUCCAGAUAAACUAAUUAACUAAAUAAAAAAUAGAUCAGAACGGCUUUUCCUCAAACUUGAACAGUAUCGGUACUCGAAUGUGUUGUCUUGAUUCCAUUGUCGUUGUGCCCCCUGGCGCUGUUGGCACGGGUAGAGGUGACCUCAGAAACAAAACGAAACCACCAUUACUGUGACGGCUGGCGCUGACGAGCUUGUCUCGCUGCUGCCGGCCUUUGUUGUACAUAGACAUCACCGAGUGCCUUUCUAACCCCUUCCCUUGCCUCCACUACAUAAUUUCAUCUCGCUUAGUUGUCUGUUUCCAGGGACAAGAAUCAUGUUUUUUUUGUUGUUGUUUUUGUUUUUGGGUUGGUUGGUUUUGUUUUCCUUAGUGGCUACAUUAGUGUCUGUCUAAACGUCUGUCAGACAUGCAUCCUCACUCUUUGGAUAAACUCUUUUUUUUUCUAUGUAAAUAUGUACAUUUUUAAAAGUGGCUACCAGCAACACCAUUGGGAUAUGUACAGUAGUACUGUGGCUCUUCUCCUGGUGCUCUGAUUACCAGUGUGCUGGGUUGUACAGCUAUUAUUAUUUACAGGUACUUGAACAAUAAAGACAUGUAAUAAACCGGUAA